AUGGACAGAGCAGGAUGUCCAGUGUGCAACAAGUGUGUUUGUGGGGGCGGGGGAAGGGUGCUCUCAGAAGUCACUGGCAACGGCCUGAACGCCCUGCCAGAACCUCUGAGAAUCGGCAUACCCAUGCCACACUCUCAGGAAAUGGCGCCCGGUGGUCGACCUCGAGUUGACUGUUCUUGGUUCCGACCAAGUCUAUUUGCCUCCUUUGUCAUCAUGAUGCUCGUGAUCACGAGCAGCGCUUUCUUCGCCUACCCAUGCAGAUGGCUGGUGGGCCGUGGGGAGUGGGCCUUUGCCCUCGUCACCGGCCCACUCUUCCUAAUGAGCCUCUGGAGCCUGGUGUCCUUGAAUGUGGGAGAUCCAGGCAUCAUACAUCGAGGUUCCUUGGAGCAGGACCCAGAGGCAGCUUGUACCACCUGGAUGUUUCGGACAGCAUUUCCCAUGCGCUGGUGCCCAAAAUGCAAUUUCCACCGCCCACCUCGCACCCUCCACUGUGCGACCUGUAAUAUCUGCGUGGAGGACUUUGACCAUCACUGCAGGUGGGUAAACAACUGCAUUGGGCACCGGAACUUCCGGCUGUUCCUGCUCCUGCUGCUGUCCCUGUGUCUCUACCUGGUUGCCCUGCUGGUGACCUGUGUCAUCUUCCUGGUGCGCACAAGAGACAUGCCAUUUUCCAUCGACAAAACCAUGGCCUUCAUCGUUGCUGUACCUGCCCUCGGUGUCCUGCUGCCACUCAUCUUGGGGCUGCCUCUCCAGGCUGUAGCCGUGAGCUACGCCAUGCGCCCCUAUGAAUGUCAGGACAACAACCCAUUCGACCAGGGUUGUAUCAGAAACUGGCAUGUCACCCUCUGCGCACCACUGGGGCCCAAGUACAUGUCAGAAGUUGUGUUGCUCCAGCAAGACUCGGGGUCCAAGUGGGAGCCGAUGGCGGCCCUGCAGCCACCAACAUUCUCCCCAGAACACCAUCGCCCACACCUCCCUGGGCCCAACUCUCAACCUGUGUCUUUUGACACAUCUUAUGAAGGAGCACCAGGGAGUGCAGUCAUCUAGCCCAGUGCUGCAAUGGAAGGUCCACAGUGAGACUUGUUCUCCAAUUCACCCCCUCCCAGUGAUGCCUGGAUAUGGACAUGCUGCCAGGAUGUGAGCCCCACAUCAGGCCUCUGAGGCCUGAGC